AUGGGGUACCGAGCAAGGCCCCGGCCGCAGCAAGGCCCCAGCUCCAGCAAGGCCCCAGAACCCAGCAAGGCCCCAGAACCCAGCAAGGCCCCAGCCCCAGCAAGGCUCCAGCCCCAGCAAGGCCCCGCCACAGCAAGGCUCCAGAACCCAGCAAGGCCCCGGCCCCAACAAGGCCCCAGCCCCAGCAAGGCCCCAGCCCCAGCAAGGCCCCAGCCCCAGCAAGGCCCCAGCCCCAGCAAGGCUACAGCAAGGCCCCAGAACCCAGCAAGGCCCCAGCAAGGCUCCAGCCCCAGCCCCAGCAAGGCUCCAGCCCCAGCAAGGCCCCAGCCCCAGCCCCAGCAAGGCUACAGCAAGGCCCCAGAACCCAGCAAGGCCCCAGCCCCAGCAAGGCCCCAGCAAGGGUCCAGCCCCAGCAAGGCCCCGCUCCAGCAAGGCCCCAGAACCCAGCAAGGCCCCAGCCCCAGCAAGGCUCCAGCCCCAGCAAGGCCCCGCUCCAGCAAGGCCCCAGAACCCAGCAAGGCCCCAGCCCCAGCAAGGCCCCGCUCCAGCAAGGCCCCAGAACCCAGCAAGGCCCCAGCCCCAGCAAGGCCCCAGCAAGGCUCCAGCCCCAGCAAGGCCCCGCUCCAGCAAGGCCCCAGAACCCAGCAAGGCCCCGCCUCAGCAAGGCCCCGCCCCAGCAAGGCCCCGCCCCAGCACAUCCAUGCCCAUGACCAUAUCAAGCAAGGACAUGCAAAUUGA